AUGAAUAGUGGUUUCGGUGAUAUCCGUGAAGCCGUUUUGCCCUACGUUUGGGUUAAAAUUGUGGAUCCCUUGAAUGACCUAGCGCGAUUAAUCGCCAGUGUCGGUAUUUGGCCCCUACUGGCCAUAGACUAUGGAUCGGUAGCCUUAUUUCUCGGGGGAAUCGGAGGUUUAGGCUAUACAUCGGUCUAUGCGUUCAAUCGGAGAGACAAACUGCGAUCACCGAAACCACACGAGGAGGCCGUCACUACUACCGGUGCUGUCAUGAGUCACACGAAUGGCGUGAAUAACCAGACAAUAGCCACGGAUACGAAAGAUAGGAAUGCCUACGGUUUGGCCGACAAUCCGCCCAUUUAUACGAUCAGUCAACGAGAUUACAUCGAGAGGGUCGGGAGGGCCCACUUUGGCACCCAAACCACACCCCCACCACUCAAUGGCCAAGGAGUCAAUGGGACAAACACCAAGCAAAAAUAUGCCACAUCGCCACCGGGCACUCCAGAAUAUGCUAGCUAAACUUGCUCAUUUUAAUUCGACACUGUUCAUUUGUUAAUUAAAUUAACCCACGUUAACCA